GUCAUUGGGCUCAAGGGAGAGAUUGCAGCUGUGAGUUGCCACCUGAGUGAAGCACUUGAAGGACACACAGCUGAGCAUAGAGGAAGGACAACUUCAUUGCAAAAAGUCACCACUGUAUUUCUCCUUCACAGUCAAGCCAAGUGAUUGAGAGCAAUGGCCGAGGCCCAUCAGGCGGUGGGCUUCCAGUUCACCGUGCAUCCGGACGGCGUGGACCUCAAACUGAGCCAGGAGGUCAUCACCAACAUUUACCAGGCGGCACUGACUGCGUGGAAGAAGAGAGCCAUACAAUUCAAGAACGGUGUGUUGGCUGGCGUUUACCCGGCGAGCCCGUCCAGCUGGCUGAUCGUGGUGAUUGUGAUGAUGAGCGGCUUGUACACUGGCGUGGAUCCCUCGCUCGGAGUCAUGCACGCCAUCGAGGAAACCAUGCCGCUCAGAGGCUCGCUCUCAGUGCAGACGCGCGCGGUGCUGAGCUCCCUGGUGUUCGCCAGCGUGCUCUGGCUCUUCCUCAUCUACUUGCUAAGGUACACUCUCAAAGCUCUGCUCUCCUACCACGGCUGGAUCUUCGAAUCCCACGGGAAGAUGAGUGCAUCCACUAAAGUGUGGCUGAGCCUGGUGAAGAUGUUUUCAGGCCGCAGACCACUUCUUUACAGCUUCCAGGCGUCCUUACCCAGACUACCCGUGCCCAGGGUGGAAGACACCAUUCGCAGGUACCUGGAGUCGGUCCGUCCUCUGCUAGACGAUGAGCGAUAUAAGCAAAUGGAGAUCUUAGCCAACGACUUUAAAGAGUCAAAGGCCGCCCAGCUGCAGAGAUACUUGAUCCUCAAGUCCUGGUGGGCCAACAAUUACGUAAGUGAUUGGUGGGAGGAGUACAUCUACCUGAGAGGCAGAGGCCCAAUUAUGGUCAACAGUAACUUCUACAUUAUGGACCUGCUUUACAUAACGCCGACACACCGGCAGGCAGCGCGGGCGGGCAACGUGGUGCACACCAUGCUGCAGUACAGACGCAAACUGGAACGUGGCGAACAUGCGCCGCUGAGGGCUUUGGGGACAGUUCCCAUGUGCUCUACUCAGAUGGAGAGGAUGUUCAACACCACCCGCAUCCCUGGCAUUGAAACAGAUUUCGUACAGCACCUGAGUGACAGGAAGCACGUGGUGGUGUACCACAAGGGUCGCUUCUUCCAAGUGUGGCUGUACACGGGAGGACGCCACCUCUUACCCAGUGAACUGGAGACCCAGUUUAGCAGGAUCCUCAACGACACGUCCGAGCCGCAGCCCGGUGAGCUCAAAUUAGCGGCGCUGACUGCAGGAAACAGAGUUCCGUGGGCUCAAGCUCGGAUGAAAUACUUCAGCCAAGGAGUGAACAAAGUGUCCCUGGACGCGGUGGAGUCGUCCGCCUUCUUCCUGGCGCUGGACGACGAGCCUCAGGGUUACGACGCGGCCAAGAGCAACUCUCUGGACAGCUACGCAAAAUCACUGCUGCACGGAAAGUGCUACGACAGGUGGUUUGACAAAUCUUUCACCCUCAUAUCUUACCCAAAUGGCAAAAUGGGAAUAAACGCUGAGCAUUCCUGGGCUGAUGCCCCCAUCGUGGGACACAUGUGGGAGUAUGUUCUUGCCACCGACUGCUUUCAUCUGGGCUACACGGAAGAGGGCCACUGCAAAGGGGAUGUGAACAAAGGCCUCCCUCAUCCCUCUCGACUCCAGUGGCAAAUUCCCAAGGAGUGCCAAAAAGCGAUCGAGAUAUCCUACCUGUCUGCGUUAAAGAUAGCGGACGACGUGGACUUCCACGGCCACCUGUUUAGCGCCUUUGGCAAAGGCCUGAUUAAAAAGUGCAGGACCAGCCCGGAUGCUUUCAUCCAGUUGGCCCUGCAGCUGGCCAAGUUCAGGUCUGCCCACCAGGACCAGAGAGAGUUCUGUCUGACGUACGAAUCGUCCAUGACGCGGAUGUUCAGGGACGGUCGCACGGAGACGGUGCGUUCGUGCACCUCUGAGGCCGUCGCCUUCGUCAGAUCCAUGGAGGACCGACAAGCGACGAACAUGCAGAGGCUGGCGCUGUUUCGCAAAGCGGCCGACAAGCAUCAGAACAUGUACCGUCUGGCAAUGACCGGUUCCGGCAUCGACCGACACCUCUUCUGUCUCUACAUCGUGUCCAAGUACCUGGGCGUGGACUCGCCAUUCCUAAAGCAGGUUCUUUCGGAACCGUGGAAGUUGUCCACCAGUCAGACUCCUCAGCAACAGCUCAACUUGGUGGAUAUCAAUAAGUUCCCCAAAUAUGUCGGGGCUGGAGGGGGAUUCGGCCCAGUGGCCGAUGACGGUUACGGAGUGUCUUACAUCAUUGUUGGAGAAAACCUCAUCACAUUCCACAUCUCCUGCAAGUUCUCCAGCCCGGACACGGAUUCGUGCAGAUUCGGCCAGAACAUCGACAAAGCCAUGAUGGACAUCCAAACACUUUUCCAGGCCACAAACGACAAGAGGACAACAGCAGAGUCGGUGAUGGAGCUCAACAACGGCAAGAAGCACGUCUAGCACACCAGCGUACGUGAGGGUGUGUGUGUAAGAUGUUUUGCAUGCAGGUAAUGAUGUCAUAGUUCUCACUGUUGAUGCCAUCAUACAAGCUGCUCAUUCCACACACACAAUGUAUGGCCCUGUAAGUUAUUGCUCUGUAUAUUGUGCUUUUGUGAAUAGGAACUUUGUAAAUAAAUCACCCACACUUAUUUGA